UCCCUAUCGUGCUCUUCGAAUCGAUAGCCUCCUUUUCAGUUUCGAUGAUCCAGCGAUGCUGCUAGGAUAACAGAUCCCGGCCCAUUGAUCCCGAUACUCUUUUCGUGGGUGAGGUGAAGGCAAGCUUUGCCUGGGUGCUCUACCGACCGGAGAGCUGGUGACGUUAAUCAACUCGACCCUUGCUGUCGGCGCGGUCGCUUAUCAAUUCCCGUUGAUCUCAUCAUUACUGUUUAUCGGCCUGAAGAAAAGAAACAAUUUCUCAAUAUGACGCCAGCACGAGGAAGAGGCACAAGUCAAAGGAGUCCCCAUGUCCUGGUGACCGACUCCCGAGACCAACAAACCACGCAACCCCGUCGUCGUCGUUCCCCCGCAACCCGCUUCAUCACAGUGGACAAUGUCCUCCAAUAUACCUCCGACGUCCCCUCCAUGCAGCAGCGCGUUCCUCCCCAGGGUGUCCGCGCCCGUCCUCGAUCCCGCCUCGCCUCCGCCGCGGGCGGCUUGAUCGGCGCUGGCGGAGCUGGCGCCUCCGGUGGAGGAACCAGUGCAGUCAGCACAGCAGCGACAAUGGGACGACUUGCAGCUCAGCCGCGUCUGCCUCCUCGAACGACGAAGGUCAGUGAGAAGCUGGUGCUUCUGCCGGAAGCGGAGGAUAAAUUGCACGAGGAGGAAGACGAGGAAGAGGACGAGGAGACGGUGGAUGAAGAAUUUGUGCAGAAGAUCGCAAAGGAUAAGAACUUGGAUCCGGAUUCGGUGAGACAGACGCUGCUGGCGCAGAAGAAACUGGACGGGGACUUUGGCGUUGAUAAUGAUAUUGCGCCUUUGUUGGCGGAGGAAGAGUUGCUAAGGAAGAGGAAGAUCGCUCCGGAGAAGGCGAAGAGUUAUGCGGAACGACUCCCGAAGGCGAGGCGGGCAGAGAAGCUGGCGCGCGUGACGGCGUAUUGUACGGCGCAGGCGUAUAAGAUGAGUUCGUUGGCUUCGUUUGUUAAGGAGAGACAUGGCGGAAAGACGAAGCUCUAUGAUGAUUGUUUGUAUACGGCGUACCAUCUGCCGUUGCUGCCGGGGCAUGACGGCUACAGGCUGAGGAGCAGUCCGGUGGUGAAGAAGCCUGGCGGCAAGUCGCUUCUUGAUGAAGAGAUUGAGCGGAAUGAAUUGCGCGAUCAUCAUGAAGACUACAUGGCGGAGGCAGAGGAGCACUCGGUGUUUGGUCGUCAUGAGCAUGGCUCACCGCGACAGCCUGAUAAUGAGAUGCAUCAACCGGCUGAGGAAGACCAUGCCGAGUCAAACUCGAGGGAACAGCACGGCCAAGAUCAUGGGCAUCCGGCUCCAACGGCUACGCCACCGUCGUCGCGGCUGUCGUAUAAUGUGGCGGAAAUGUUUGUCUUCAGCUACGGAGUUGUCGUGUUCUGGAACUUUACCGAAAAACAAGAGAAGGAUCUCCUGGCUGAUUUGGCGUUUGCGACAUCGUCCGCAACGGGCGUGCCCAUUCCACUGGCUACCAUGCCUCUGCAGGAGGAGGACUUUGAAACGGAGGAGUUCCAUUUCGAAUAUUCCACCGAAAUCUCACGCCCUCGCGUUUACAACGACAUGAUCACCCUGCGGAGCGGGGACCACAUGAUCAAGCUAGCCAUCAGUCAUGGCAUUGCGCAGAGUACCAAGCUCUGCUUCUUCGAGGAAGUCAUGGCCCGUCAGAUGGCGGAGGCCAAGGAUGUUCCCCGCCGAUUGGCCAUGACAGGUAACUUGGGCAUGAAGCGAGACGAAGUCUUCCGGAUUCUGGGCAGUCUGUUCAAGAGCCGAGUCGAAGUGAACCUCUCCUCCAACAUGCUCGACGUACCGAACUUCUUCUGGGAAAGUGAGCCCACCCUCUACCCGCUCUACAUUGCCGUCCGCGAAUACCUCGAAAUCAAGCCCCGAAUCCAAGUCCUGAACGAACGCUGCCGUGUCUUCCUCGACCUGGCUGAGAUCCUUUCCGACUCGAUAGCCGACAACAGAACCUCUCACCAAACCUGGAUUAUCAUCGUCCUCAUUAUCAUCUCCAUCCUCGUCACUACCUCCGAAGUAUUCCUCCGUUUCGGCCUCCUUUCCGCCCGCGAAGGCGGCGCCUCCACAACCAUAACCACCGCCCUCGCCCGUGCUCUAGGCCAUUCUCCGGCACCGGUCUGUUCCUGUCCAGCUCCUGUUGCAGGCAUGGGAGGAUUGAAUGCUACCGGAAUGCCUUUUUGAUAAUACCUUUACUUUCUCUAUUCAUACCUACCUAAUACAUAUGUAUUCAUUUCGCUCAUCCUUACUAACCAGCAUGAUCCCUCUUACUCUACGCUGUCCUCUAUCUUGACAAUAGCAUCCAACCCAAGGCUGAAC